AUGAAUGACGUUAUUCCAUCUCAUUUUGAUGCUGAGCAACAUGUUCAUGUGAUUGAAAGGCAGUUUUGCAACAUCUGUCAGAUUCGUGUGUAAGUUAAUGUUUUUAAGGGUUUAUUGAUGUAUUUGGAUGUGAUAUUGGUCGAUGUGGUAUUUAAAUAAAGCUUAUGGUUUUGUUAUAAAUUAUGUAUAAAUUGAUAUUUUCAGAGGAGAAGGUACCAAACAUUGCAAGAGUUGUAACAAAUGCAUACCUGGGUUUGAUCAUCAUUGUCAAUUCUUGAAUAACUGUGUAGGAGAGUUAAAUUACAGGUAAUUUUUGAUUUUAAACGAUGCUAUAGUUUUAUUCUAUUCUGUUUUAUUUUAAAUUUUGAACGUUUUGGCGGUUUUUUAUGUUAGUAUCAUAUUGGUAUCAAACCUGAUAAUAAUAUAGUUUUUUAAACAAUUAAUAUUUUCAGGGAGUUUGUAAUUUUUAUUUUCUCAAUAUUUGUGUGUUCAACUAUUGGAAUGUGUAUAUGUAUAUACGGGAUGUUUCUUUACUUCGAUGACAGUUUUAAUCAUGUUGAUGAGGGUAAGGAUAGAGCUAAAAUCAUAUUAACUUAGGACAUAAAUUUUCAUAUUUUAAAAGAGACUUUCUGAGACCGUGAAGCAUAAUGUAACAGGCAUGUGCACUAGAAAUUUACCCCCUAUUUUUAUUUGCUAAAUCCAUGAGAUAGACGGUUUUAAGGUAUGUGGUAAAGUGAUUUUGGACAAAAUGCCGUUUUGGCACUUUUAUGCCAUUUUUUGUUAACAUACUGUUAAAAUAUACCAAAAAAUCAAUAGUCCGCCAAAUGUUCUGAAAAUUUGUACACUUACGUUUUUGACCAUGCCAAAAAACAUUGUAAUCGAAAAUUUUUUUCUAUUGGUACCGUAACCUACCGUAAUCCGACCGGUCGAUUAUAAAAGUGCAAAUAUCUAAAAAGUUAACACGGAUCUUCACAGGCAAUUUUUGCAUAUUUAAAAUCUCCAUGAAAUUUGGAUCAGCAUAGGCUAUACACCCGUUUCUAGUCCGAUGGGUUUUGGGGGUUUUUGGUCGAUUCAAAAAUUACGGUAACAGACCGUAAAAAAAAUAAAAUUUUUUUUAAAAAUCCAAUAAUGCAUCAAACGUUUUAAAAUUGUGGAUAUUUAUGUUUUUGACCAUGCCAAACAAUAUUGCAAUUGAAAAUUUUUUUCUAUCGUUACCGUAACCUACCGUAAUCCGACCGGUCGAUUAUCUUCAAAAUUAGCAGCUUUUAAGAUGAGCUUAUAGCCUAUCAAUAUCUACGUUUCAUGUAGAUUCUAAAUAUGCUAAAAUUGACUAUGGAAAACCGUGUUAAAUUUUUAGAUAAUUGCACUUUUAUAAUCGACCGAUCAGAUUACGGUGGGUUACGGUACAUUCAAAGAGAAAAUUAUAAUACAAAGUUGUAAAGCAUGGUAAAAAACGUAAGUAUGCAAAUUUAUAGACUUAUAAGUGCAUUCGCAAUACCAUAGUAAAAUUUUAAAUUUUUAGGCAGUAAGUUACCGUAAUUUUUCAGUCGACCAAAAACCCCCAAAACCCAUUGCACUAAAAACGGGGGUAUAGCCUAUGAUAAUCCAAAUUUCAUGGAGAUUCUAAAUAUACAAAAAUUGCCUGUGAAGAUCCGUGUUAACUUUUUAGAUAUUUGCAUUUUUAUAAUCGACCGGUCGGAUUACGGUAGGUUACGGUAUUUUUAGGAAAAAAAUUUUAUUUACGAAGUUGUUUAGCAUGAUCAAAAACAUAACUAUGCGCAGUUUCAAAGCGUUCGAUGCAUUAGUAGAUUUUUAAAAAGGUUUUUAAUUUUUGCUUGGUAUGCUACCGUAAUUUUUGAAUCGACCAAAAACCCCUAAAACCCAUCGGACUAGGAACGGGGGCAUAGCCUAUGAUAAUCCAAAUUCCAUGGAGAUUCUAAAUAUGCAAAAAUUGCCUGUGAAGUUCCGUGUUAACUUUUUAGAUAUUUGCACUUUUAUAAUCGACCGGUCGGAUUACGGUAGAUUACGGUACCAAUAGAAAAAAAUUUUUAAUUACAAUAUUGUUUGGCAUGGUCAAAAACGUAAGUGUGCAAAUUUUCAGAACAUUUGGUGCACUAUUGAUUUUUUGGUAAAUUUUAACAGUAUGUUAACAAAAAAUGGCAUAAAAGUGCCAAAACGGCAUUUUGUCCAAAAUCACUUUACCAAAUACCUUAAAACCGUCUAUCUCAUGGAUUUAGCAAAUAAAAAUAGGGGGUAAAUUUCUAGUGCACUGCUUCACGGUCCCAGAAAUCGUCUUUUAAUCAACAUUUUGAUAUUUCAAAAAUAUUUUUUUUUCAUAACUUUGUUUUAUCUUACUGUAUAACAACGUGUAUUGAUUUACCUUACUUUCAGUUCCCCAAAACUUUGAUCCAUCUUACCUGAUCGUAAGAAAGCAAGUCUGGUUCGUAAUGUGUAUUGUUGUCGUCGUAUUCUUAGUGUUUUCUGAAGUUGUGUCCAUAUCUUUGGUUGGGUUUCAUUUUAUGUUAUGGUGGGGCAACAUAUCAACUAUUGAUUACAUCAAUAAAAUGAGGAAUCGAAGAUGGAGGUGGCAGCGGUAAGCCUAUUUUUUAAAUGAAUUUUGCUUUUAACUUUAUUAGACGAUAACUUUACUUUUAAUUUUUUUAUACUAUUUCUAACGUAAGUUAUUGAUAACUAGUUUUCUUUAUAUUAUAGUUCAACACAAGUUCAUGUACAGUCAGAAUCCGAGCCAGCAGGUACCUCUUCAGAUCAUCAGUCAUGA